ACAGUUUGCUAUUUGACAGCUUUCAUCUCUAGAGCAGCGGCCUCUGAAAAAAAGGAGAGAGAUUCGGUAAUUUACGCGUGGAUUUAGCACGCGCCGUGAAAUCUAGCAGUUAAAGUAGCCGCAGGAAAGUCCACCCGAGAUCCGCUUAGUGAUCCUGGCAGGCGGUCCCAUCCGGAAGCAGAGAACAGGACAUCCGCACUCACAUUUACCACUCCGUGUGGCGUUUGCGCCCCCGUCCGUGUGUGUGUUUGUGUGUGUGUGUGUGCGUUCGUGCCCGUCACUCGUGUGUGUGUGUGUGCGUGUGUGAAUUGUCGGCUUUAAUUUUGCAAAGCACGCCGAAACCUAAGUUUUCCUAAGGAGCCAAAGGAUUCGCAGGCGGAAUUGAAGCGCACAAGAUGUCGUACCCGCCGCGGGCGCCCAUGCCGCCCUACAUGAAUGCAUCCAUACCGCCGCCGCACAUCAUGCAGAACAUGGGCCAGAACCAGCCGAGGAACUUCCGCAACUCGGCGACCAUCAGCUCACAGCCGACAGUGUACCAUCGUCCGCCGGAGCCACAGCCGCAGUUCCGCGGACCCAUCAUCACCGUCUUCGUGGGCAACAUCAGCGAACGCGUCCCGGAGGCGCUGCUCAAACGCAUCCUGGCCAGCUGCGGCGUGGUCAUCAAUUGGAAGCGGGUCUCCACAUUCGGCUUCUGCGAGUUCGACGGACCCAUUGCCGCCAUGCGAGCUGUGCGCCUGCUCAGUGAGAUGGAGAUCGAUGGCAAGAAGCUGGUGGCCAAGGUGGAUGCCAAGAACAAGGUGCUCAUCGAGGACUACAAGGAGCAGGAGUGCAAGAACGGGGAUCGCUCCAAUUCGGUGGACGAGAAGACCGAGGACGAGUACGCCAUCAGCCAGAUGCAUGAUCUGCUGGAGGAGCACAAGCAUGAGUUCGAGGGAUUCGACGGCAGCAAUCGCGCCGAUCUGUACGGCAGCACCAGUCGCAACAAGAAGACGCGCCGCGAGGAUGACAUCAAGAUCAAGGUGAUGAACGACAAUGCCCUGGAGGAGGAGAAGCGCAACCUGAUCAGCAGCGAGAUUGGCAAGUUCCGGAUGCGGGCGGAGGAGGACGAGCAUCGCAAGGAGCUGGAGAAGGAGAAGGAAAAAGAGAAGCUGGCGGCCAGCAAGGAGAAGGAGCGCGACAAGGAGCGCAAGAAGCACCAGCGCGAGAAGGAGCGCAAGACCUCGACCAGCAAAUCCAGCAGCUCGUCCGGAGCAGCAGCAGUCGCCAGCUCCAGCUCCGCCUCCUCGUCCAGCACAGCUGCCAAAGCUUCCUCCGACGCCCCCGAAGCCAAUGAUGCGGCGGAAAAGGUAGCGAAGGAGGCAGCUCCCGCUGUCACCAAGGAUGCAGUUGCCAUUAAGGAGCCCAAGGAGUCGUCAAGGAGCAGCAGUCGCAAGGAGCCGCCCACCACCACCAUCGAUAUCACUUCACACAAGGAGCGGCGCUCCGACUCCAAGGAGACGCGACGCCGUCGCUCCAAGUCCCGCUCCAAGGAUCGCGAGCGGGAACGCGAGCGUGAGCUGCGCGAGCUUCGCGACAAGGAGCGCGAGCGGGAACGCGAACGGGAGCGGGAGCGUGAGCGCGAACGCGAGCGCAAUGAGAUGCGAGAGCGGGAACGGGAGCGCAACGAGAUGCGGGAACGCGAGCGGGAGCGCGAAAGGGAGCGGGAACGUGAGCGGGAUCGUGAACGCGAGCGGGAACGGGAGGAGAAGCUCCUCAAGCCCGUGCGGGACUCGCGCCGCGAGAAGGAGAUGGAGGACGAGCUGCGGGAUCGCAAGAAGUCGGAGAAGAAGGCGCGCGAGAAGGAGGCCGCCUACCAGGAGCGCCUGUCCAACUGGGAGAUUCGUGAGAAGCGCAAGGCCAAGGAGAACGAGAAGUACCGCCUUAAGGAGCUGCUGCGUCAGGAGGAGCGCGAAAGCGAUGCCAAGCGACUGAAGGAGUUCGUCGAGGACUACGAUGAUGAGCGCGACGAUUCACUGUAUUAUCGCGGCCGCGAACUGCAGCAGCGGCUGGCCGAAAGGAUGCGCGAGGCCGAUGCCGAUUCCAAGGAUCGCGAGAAGGAGGCGGACGAGCUGAUCGAGCUCAAGACCAAGUUCUUCAGCGGGGAGUACGAGAACCCGUCGCUGGAGUACGAGAAGGCGCGCCGCGAGAUCGAGAAGCUGUACGAGCCGCGCAUCCUGAUCAAUGUGAAUCUGGAGGCAACGGCGGCGGCGUCGGCCACUACGUCAUCGGUCCACCAGCAGCGCAAGCAGGCCGCCUCGGCGGCGGGAGAAGGCGGUGGCGGUGGCGAUGGCCAGCGGCAAAAGACCCACCAGCAGCUGGAUAGCUAUGAUCCGGACUUGGCCGGCAUGAAUGAUGACUCCAUAUCGAACGAUGACCACGGCUCCAUGGCCGAUACAGCCUCCAAUGCCAGUGGCUAUGCCAAGAACAACAACAAUGACAACAAGUCCCUGUCGAACAGUCUGAGCAGGCAGAACAGCGAGUCGCGCGAUUCCCUGGCCCACAUCCACACGCCCACGCAGAACGCCAUGCUGAAUGACCAGGGAUCGGGACACGACGCCCUCCUGCCCUCGGCCACGCCGCCCAUAACCAUGCCCCUCAUCUCACUGACGCUGGGCAACAACCUCAAGAAGAAGAAGUUCGAGGCCACCGGCGUGUUCGUCAAUGACGACGACAACGAUGAGAAUAUCAAUCCCAAGAAGCGCAAGCUGGUGCCGCUAGACUACGACGACAACAUGAGCAACAUCACACCAUCCGCCCAUCCAAGCAGCACCGCGGCGAACAGCAGCAGCGGCAACAACAACAGCAGCUCGGCGGAUCGCCAGAGCUCCGCCGUAUCGGCGGCCACCGCUGCAGCCGCUGCCGUUAGCCAGAAGAUCGCCCAGGCGGGCGGCUCCUCCUCGGCAACGGGAUCGGGCUCUGGUGGCUCCGGAUCCGGUGGCUCCGGGUCGGUCACGUCCAAGAACAAUGGCAGCGGCAGCAACAGCAGUGGCCACAGCAACAAACAUAACAGCAACAGCAAACAUGGUAAGAAUGAGGCAGCUGCAUCUGCGAGCAGUAGCGCAGAUGCUGUCGCUACAAACACCAAAAAGGAUGAGAAUGGUGCAAAGGUGUAUGAUGAAAAACGGCGGCAUAUAAAAAGCAUUAUUGACAGGAUUCCCACGCAAAAGGAGGAGCUAUUUAAUUAUAAGCUUGACCGCAACGAGAUUGACAGCGGUCUAAUGGAACGCAAAAUACGUCCAUGGAUCAAUAAGAAAAUCAUCGAGUAUAUCGGUGAGCCGGAGCCGACGCUGGUGGACUUUAUAUGUUCCAAAGUGUUGGCCGGCAGCCCGCCCCAAAACAUCCUCGACGAUGUGCAAAUGGUACUCGACGAAGAGGCGGAGGUGUUUGUGGUGAAGAUGUGGCGACUGCUCAUCUACGAACUGGACGCCAAGAAGAGCGGCAUUGCGGGGAAGUAGGAUGUAGAAGUGCCCUUCAUCUGGGCAACUGGGGAACCGGGCGGGAGCGGGUGCGGAUCGGGGGAUCGAAGGAGGAGCAACUGCGCGAAUAGACUCUAGACUCUAAGUUACUCUUACGGAUGAUUACAACUUUGUACAUACAGGGCGUGCUUCAGGAAUUGUGGCCGCCAACUGUCGAGCUUUGUUUUCUAAGCUUCUGCGUGCAAAAGAGAUCAACAACAAACAAACAAUUAUGAAAAGCAAGAGUUUGAAUAUCGGAAGCCAAGCGCAGCCUCAAGGAUUUCUCAAUUACCACCUUGUUAGCGUUAAUUGCUAAUAUUAAUCAUCGAUAACUGUAAAUACACACUAAACUCACUUAUAAAAUCACACCAGCAGAAACAAACAAGUCAAGAAAGCCGUACAUUAACGAAACAAAAAUGUAGCCAUGUACAUUUCGGUUGCUUUCUAAUCCAAUUCUCCCCCUUUUUUUUGUUGCGGUACUUCGCAACAGAUCUUUCUUUCGAAACGAGCGCAAACAAAAAACUGUCUUCAUUUAAAUAAAACAAUGAAAAGAAAA